AUGUCCAUCACCAAUGACAGUGCAAUAACGGAGUUCAUUCUUCUGGGGCUCACAGACCGCCCCGAACUCCAACUCCUCCUUUUUGUGCUGUUUCUGGUUGUGUACCUGGUCACCCUCUUGGGCAACCUGGGCAUGAUUCUGUUGAUCAGACUGGACUCUCGCCUCCACACUCCCAUGUACUUCUUCCUCACUAAUUUGGCUUUUGUAGACUUGUGCUACACCUCAAACGCAACCCCACAGAUGUUGACUAAUUUCUUAGCAGAAAAGAAGACCAUCACCUUUGUUGGCUGCUUUACACAAUGUUACAUUUUCAUUGCGCUUCUCCUCACUGAGAUUUACAUGCUGGCGGCAAUGGCCUAUGACCGCUAUGUGGCCAUAUGUAACCCUCUGCAUUACAGUAUGAAAAUGUCCAGACGUACCUGCAUCUGUCUGGCCACAUUUCCUUAUGUCUAUGGCUUCUCAGAUGGGCUGCUCCAGGCCAUCCUGACCUUUCGCUUGAACUUCUGCAGAUCCAAUGUCAUCAACCACUUCUACUGUGCUGACCCGCCCCUGAUUAAGCUUUCCUGCUCUGAUACUUUCAUCAAAGAGCACGCCAUGUUCAUAUCAGCUAGUUUCAACCUCUCUAACUCCCUUAGCAUCAUCCUGGUGUCUUAUGCCUUCAUUAUUCGUGCCAUCCUCCGGAUUAAAUCGGCAGAAGGAAGGCACAAGGCAUUCUCCACCUGUGGCUCCCACAUGAUGGCUGUGACCCUAUUUUAUGGGACGCUCUUCUGCAUGUAUGUAAGAUCACCAACAGAUAAGACUGUUGAGGAAUCCAAAAUCAUAGCUGUCUUCUACACUUUUGUAAGUCCAGUGCUGAAUCCAUUGAUGUACAGUCUGCGGAACAAAGAUGUCAAGCAAGCCUUGAAAAAUGUCCUUAGAAGAAAUAGGUCACUAGGUUGGGACUGA